AUGAUGUCAACAAAAAAUGCUCCAUCACUCUCUACAUUACCUGUCGAACUUAUUUAUCGAAUACUUGAUUAUCUUGAUAUUGAAACAAGUCUUCUAUCGUUUCGUUAUGUUUCAAAAAAAUUUUAUUUUAUUUCAAAUAAAUGGAAUAGUCACAAUUAUGAUUUAAGUUCAAUUUCAAAAAAUCAUUUUGAUUUAAUCUGUCGUCAAAUUUGUCAAGAAAAAAUAAUUUCACUUACUCUUUCAGAUGAAGAUACAACACCAGGUCAAAUUCGAUUAUUUUUUUCUCUCUAUCGAAUUAGUAAUUUUCCUCGACUUCGCUCAUUAACACUUCGAAAUAUCGAUUCAAACGAUCUUUAUGAAAUUCUCAAAGAUAUCUUUAAUUGUUCAUUAACAACAUUCUCAUGUCAAUCAAGAGGAAAACAAAAUAAAUCCAUAAUUCAUCUUCUAUCAAAAUUAAUUAUUCAAUCCAAUCUCGAAAUAUUAUCUUUAAAUACUCAUGCUCACUACAUUGAACAAAUGUUUAAAUCAAUUACUCAAUUUCAUUUGAUUGAAUUAACAAUUGGAAUAUUAACAUUUAAGGAAUAUCAAACUAUUCUUCAAUAUUGUCCAUAUUUACGAGUAUUUGUCAUUGAUGAUUGUUGGAUAAAUGAUACUGAUCAAAAUUCUACUAUAAAAUCUUAUCGACAAUUGAUUUCAUUGACAUUAAAAUCUACGAAUCGAUCAAUAACACAACUUGAAUAUCUUCUUCUACUAACACCAUCAUUAACUGAAUUAAAAUUAAUUAAUUCUCCAUCAACACCAAAUUCUUUAAUUAAUGGAUCAUAUUGGGAAAUUUUCAUAAAAACUAAACUUUCGUCACUCAUUAAAUUUCAAUUUGUAUUUUAUCAAUUAGUUUUACGAACCUAUGAAUGUAAUGCUGAUGUUGAAUUAUUCAUCAUUCCAUUUCGUACAUCAUUUUGGAUUGAAGAAAAACAAUGGUUUGUUAAUUGUCAAUCAAUAAAAAGUUCUCACACGAUUCAACUUUAUUCAAUACCAUUUUCGAUCAAUUCAUAUGAUUAUAAUUUCGAUUUAGGAAAUAUUCUAUUAUCAACAUCAAUUAAAAAACUUAAUCAUUCAAUUAUUAUGGAUCAUGUACGUUGUUUAUCAUUAAAUCUAACUGAAAUAAAGACAAAACAAGUCUUAAAGAAGAAUAUCAAACGAGAUGAUUUUCUAUUUUCCAAAGUAACCGAAUUGAAUAUAAGUGUUCAUGGUGAAUGGCCAAUUGAUUCUUUUUAUUUCAUUUCAAUAUUAGUUGAUCUUCUAAAACUUCAGAAAUUAUCUUUUCGAAGUGAUUUUGAACAAUCAACAAUUGAUAAUUUAACAAUAUUAGUAAAUCAAGCAUUUAAUAUUCAUUCAUUAAGUUUAUUACCAUUCAAUAUGGAUGAACAAUAUAAUACAACUGUGACAAAUCUAUGUUCUAUUGUAUCUCUUCAUGUUAAACAUUUGACUAUAAAAAUUGAGAAACUCGAGGAUAUGAAAAUUGUUGUAAAAAAAUCAAAACAUUUAUUAAGUAUUUCAUUCAAUUUCCCAUCCGAUCGAAAAAUUAAUAGUCAUGAAAUGAUUGAUUGGCUUAUUAAUAAUGGACAAAAUUUUACUUAUUUAGAAAAUGAAUAUUUUCUUCAUUUCUGGUUUGGUCUUCAGACUUUCACGUGA